AUCUACUCUGGGCAACGAUUCAUCAGUUUGUUUAAGGCAUCCCAAAAGAUCACAGAUCUUUCAUUUUCAACUUGUGUCAAGGAACUGUUGAGCUGUUUACUAUAUCCUCCUCUAUCAAAUAAAGCCUGGUGUUUUCUUUCACAGGUUAAUAAAACCGGUAUCAUUCCCGCUCAUCCGGGAACUACACUUCAAGGACCACCCGGACCGGCAGGCCCGUCCGGUCCCCUCGGAUUACAGGGCCCGCCGGGUCCCCAGGGACCUAGAGGUUUACCGGGAAGUCCAGGCCCGCGGGGAACCAGCGGUCAUCCUGGUGUUGUUGGUCCGCCGGGACCUCCCGGGAUUGCCGGUUCCCGCGGGCUGCGAGGCCCUCAAGGAUUCAAUGGAUCACAGGGCCCCAAGGGGAACCCGGGAGCACCUGGCCCAAAAGGUUCCAAGGGACCUCCUGGGGUACAUGAUCUCAGCCUUUGUCAGUAUAGGACUAAUUCGUCAGUGGCCACAAGUGGUCCAUACUCUAAUUCUCUUGUGACCGUAACUGAAGAGAAGGUAAGUCUAAUCCUUCCAGUUGAGAACGUGUACAACCUUUUGGAAUUACCUGUUAGACUUCGUCAGUUUCCUUACGAAUUAACCAGAGAGAAUAAAAUACAAUUCACCAUUACGGCCAUUUCGCUACUACGGACGAUUUUAAUGAUAAUGACAGUAGCAAUAUAAAAUGCCUGUAAGGGUAGAUAAAUGCCAUAAACCUUUGCACAUGCUUAAAUUUCCAUACGCAAAUAAAAAUUGUGGCCCGAUAACUAAGUGUUACAAAACAUAUAGCUACCUCUAAAUAAUCCACCUUUAGAGUUAGUAAUGGUGUCAAGCUCCGUCUUAAACAGUGACGGGCUUGAAAGGAGCUCAAAAUAUUUGAAGAUCGUUAACACUACCUCUCUCUCCAACCAGAAUAAUAAAAUCCUCGGAGUGACAUGCUCAACUGAUGACGCCAGGCAAUACCUGUUAUCACGUGACGUCAAGUCCGGCACGCCAUCCUACACUUGUACCUGCAGGGGAAGUGUCAGUCAUUACCUAUCAGGCCUCAUGAAAUGCCACAUACACUACUGGGAGUGCCCGCUGACAACAUAACAAUGCGAUAGUCUGGAAGCGUAUCUUUGAACUCUGCAUAAUGAAUUUUAUCUUUAAGCUUUCAAUUUCCAAAGAUGUCGAUAAUCUAUUUUUUACUACACUAAGAAUAGAAAACCUCCAAGUAAACGGAUGAUGCAGCGAUAGAAACUAGCGGCGGAGUCUCGUCUUAAUGAUGAUGCAAUGCACAGUAAUCAGAUAGCAGAAUUGUCGGAAUUUCGAGCAAAUCUCAAAGAUCUCAAUGUGUUCCAAAUAUAGCUGGAUUAUUUCACAGAUCGUCUUCUUGUUAGUUGAGCGUAAUUAAAUAUAAGGUUUAAGGAAAGCAUUCAAGGGAAGCGGUAGAAACUGGAAGUUAGAUCUCGCAUGGACCUAGAAAUUGUCUUUACGCUGGCGAGAGCGGAACAACCUAUGGCUGUGUAACCGGUGCUUGCUCUAAUACAGGGCCUUUUUCGUUUCUUUUUUUCUUUUUUUUUUUUUUUCUUCUUUUUACGUUUGCCUUCUUGUUAAUUAAUUAAUUUUGUUUUUAACUCCAGAACCUAGUAACAGUAAGCUCCAAAAGCAACGCGUCUCUAUUUAGUCAGGUUUCUAUCGUGAACAAAGAAAAUUAACCGUAAAACAAAACAAUUUGCAUAACAAUAACUUUUCAGGACUACUUUUAAUUUAUUUAACUCGUCUUUGUGGAAGUUUCUCUUCCAGGUCCUCUUGCUAUUUGAUGAAAUAAACGUCAUGUAAUUUCCAUCGACUACUAGCUAGCAGCUUAAAGAAAAAAAAACUUUUGAAUUGCUCCAUAUACCCACAGAAAAACAAAGUUGUGUUUUGGAAUUGGAAGGAUAAUGAAAAAUACCAGAGGGGGGCGUCAAGGUUUGCGGUGAUGCGGUUUUGUGUUAUUUUUGGUGCGGUUUUGCGGAAAUCUUUAUUUUAACCUGCGGUAUUGCGGUUUAAUAAGACUAAGCGGUUUGCGGUUUUCAUAAAUUUUCGAUCGCCGUAAUCGGCAAAAAAGUGUCUGCAGCCGUCCGCGCUUUAGCCUGCAGUACAGGCGGAUUAGCGGGCUCUAGCGCGAUACACGAGCGCGCGCGAAGCGCGAGGCGAGAUAUGACAGUUAUUACUCGGAUCCUGACGCUUCCCAUGACUUUUGAUCGGUGAUGGACAAAACACUGACCCCUAGUCCAUGGACUACCCUAAUGGACUACCUAAAUGGACUACCCAAA